CUCGUCCAAGAGGUACUUGUUUCGCCGUUGCCGUUGCUGCCUAGCUACUUACUUUCUCCUCACGCCUGUCAGACUUCCUCUUUCCUUCAUCCCACUCCAUCCAGCUGAGUGCUUAACAACAAUCAAUACCAUCCACCAUGAUCCACCCCGAGCAAGUCGCCGACAUGCUUCGCAAGUCCAGCAGCUCUCUGCUGCUCCCCACCUCCACUCUGCUGCCCGUGCCUACGAGCUCCACUAGCCCGAAGCCCAUCGACCCCAUUCCCACGGUCAUUCCCGACCCUACGCACUAUGAGAGUGCUGGCGAGGCCGGCAUGAGGACGCUUUGGGUCGUCUUCGUGAUCAUGCUCGUUGCUUCGGCCGCCUUCGCUGCCAUGUCCUGGACCAUACCAGUUCAACGCCGUCUCUACCAUGUCAUCACCACUCUGAUUACGAUCAUUGCCUCCAUCUCCUACUUUGCCAUGGCUACCGGUCACGGAACUAGUUACCACCACAUCCAUGUCCGCGAGACGCACAACCACGUCCCUGACACCUACUACGACGUCUACCGCCAGGUCUACUGGGCCCGGUACGUUGACUGGAGCUUGACCACUCCCUUGCUGAUCCUCGAUCUCUGCCUCUUGGCUGGCAUCGAUGGUGCGCACACUCUGAUGGCCAUCGCUGCCGAUCUAAUCAUGAUUCUCACUGGCCUCUUCGCGGCAUUUGGCCACGAGGGUACCCCACAGAAGUGGGGCUGGUAUGCCAUUGCGUGCAUUUCCUACUUGUUCGUCAUCUGGCACCUGGCUCUCCACGGGCGUGCCCGCGCUCUUAACAGGGGCAGCAAGGUUGCCAAAUUGUUUGGCGCACUCGCUGGCUUCACCCUCAUUCUCUGGACUGCCUACCCCAUUGUCUGGGGCAUUGCCGAUGGUGCGCGCAAGGCUUCCGUCAAUUCCGAGAUCAUCGCCUACGCCGUCCUCGACAUACUGGCCAAGCCUGUCUUCGGUCUCUGGCUGCUGCUCUCUCACUCGAGGAUCCCUGAGACCAAUGUCGACGUUGGCGGCUACUGGGCCCAUGGAUUGUCGUCCGAGGGCACUAUCCGCGUCGGUGACGAUGACGAGGGCGCUUAAACGCUAUCGUACACCGAUGGAUGAUGCAUCAGUGCACUCAUUGGUGCAGAAUGAGCGCAGACAGGAAAUUGAGAAGAUCCCGAGGGAUGACUAGCAACAGUUGCAGAAGAUUGGCAUUGGCUGGCCAAAGGCCAGCACCACUUACUUUAAUCAGGGUUACGACUGGAUAUGUAUACCAAUGGGUAUGAAUAAUGCAACACUCGCAUGAUCCAUGAG